ACAAAGAAUAUGGGUCCAAAAACAUCACAUAAGGUUGCUCUUUUGUUCUCUCUUCUCCUUUUGAUUUUGACGAUUUCCUCUCAAGCUAGAGUCAUCGAGGCUGCAAGCCGAAAACUUGCAUCCGGAAGGAACAUCGUGUAUACUCCAUCUUCAAAAUCUUGCGGAGCGACCCACGCAACGUGGAAGAAGAAGAAACGCGGACCAUGUAGACGUCCUCCAAGAACUGCUCCAGCUUCUUACCAAUCACCAUAAGACCAUAAGACAGUUUUCUCAAAACAAGGAAAGAUGAUAUAUAUAAGACACAUUUUCAUGAUUGUGAAUGAGUCCAAUCUUGGAACCAUAUUUUCAGUUAUUUUCUUUGUUUUUUGUUUGGGAUCCUAAAAAUCAAAUGUUUGAUCGUUUUCUUGAUUUGGUUUCUCUUUCUAAUUCAAUGAAUGUUCGUCGUAUGUGCGCUA